ACACGUUGAUACAGUUUUUAACACAGAAGUGUGCGUUUAAGUGCUCGAGCUCGCGUCACCGCCUCUGAACUGAACCCGCGCUUUAGUCUGUUUCUGAACAGGCUGACUGACCGAGCCGGAGAGCGGAGCUAACAGAGCUAAAGACCCACAGCCCUAAAGCCCUGCCCCAAACUCCACACUGACCACACCUCGCCUCGCCCGCUUUUCCAUGCUCUCUCCGAGUUCCUGUUUCCUCUCCUGGCGGUAAAACACUGUCUGCAAAAUCAUUCAUCUCCUCAGCCAAACUGGAGCUGUUUUAGAUGUCCUAGCUAGGCGAGCAACUACUCUAUAACUCAGGCUGUUCGCCUGGAGAGCGGAAAACCUGCCCGUUUGUGUGUCCAGCAGUUGAAGUGGCUGGUGUUUUAAAAUGGAGGUGGCUGUAGUCGCGGUAAUGCUGCUUCUGUCCGUACCGACAUGUGUGACUCACUUCUCUGGGUCUGAAAAUCAGCCAACGGCUUCGACAGUGUGGCAAACUUUGAACUCGGCUUUCACAGGUUUGUGUGAGGAUGGACACGGUUUUCUGGUCUCUCUGGUCGGACGGCAGCUGGUGGACUCGGGGCUUAAGAAAGUAAAUGAGGUCACAACAUUGACCUCAAAGGCUGUAGCUGAUGGGCUGAACAUACUGGCUACAUAUGGAGCAGAAAUGCUGGGGGCAUCUGGAAUGAAUGCCAAUCUUCCUGUGAAGCGCGUCACCCCUGAAGGUGUGAUCUUUGUCACUAAGUGGGCCCUGCUAGCAGUGCUUGGAUACUGGAUUUUGUCCUUGGCAGUGCACUUGUUUGCUGGGCUUGUGCGGCGCACUCUGUGGCUGCUGAAGAUCGCCUUUGCCGUUGCCUUGUUUGGCUUGAUUCUGAGUGAUUCUGGAGCCAGUGCAGAAACCACAGCAAUGAGACUAGCUGGGCUGGUGCUUGCCUGUGUCCUGCUGGGCAUUGGACCGUCACCUUUCGGGGGAGGUGCCACCACUCACUUGGAGGCAAAAGUCAAAGUGCUGGAGAGACGGCUGAGAGAGGUGGAAAAGAAGCGCAAGGAAGAAUGAUGGAUGCAAAAAAAUCGAAGGGGUUCUGCUAAAAACCAGCCAUGAUCAUAUUAUAAGAGGCACUGACUUUGAUUGACUUUGUGGUGUGUGGGUCAUGUUCAUAUAAAUGUUUCUCAGUCCCUGA